CACUUCUCUCGAUCUUUUGUCACCCUAGCUUCCGAGUAGCAACAACACCCCUAUCCACCUUCCCCGACUUGACAUUAUGGCUAACGCCACUAGCCAAGUCUCCGACCAUCAUCUAAAGUACUUCCGCUUUCUGGACUUGCCGAAAGAGCUGCGUUUCAUGGUCUACGAUUAUCUGCUCGAUCGAACCCAUCACAAGAUCCCACUAUCAAUCGAUGAUAACAGUGCUGAAAUCACCCUUAUCAUCUCUAACAUCACCCCAGUCCACUUGAUUUGCAAAUUCAUAUGCGCAUAGGUUGCCCCGCUCUUGAAAGCCAAGAUGACACGGACGACGGCACCACAUGCAACACCUCGUAUAAUUGUCCGCGCUGGCCCUCUCAAACCUCUUGCGCGUUUGGGGGGACUCCUCGACGUGGUAUUUCGCCACACUAGGGGAACGAUGAAUUCGCCAGAAACGCCAGAUAUCAGACAGAUCCAAAAGUUCUCCCCCGACGGCCGUUGGGAGAUACUUCAGCAAGCUCUGGCGUGCAAUUAUGAGCGUUUAGCAGCUUUUACCACUGCAGCUGGGCUGCGACUGCGUAAGACCAACGACAGGUGGGAAUAUGCAAGUUGGUGGAAUGAGGUUCGCCAUAACCUCGACUCGGUCGUUAGCCAAGAACAUGGAGUCACCAAGUUCCCUGACACGUUAGCAACUGGCCCGGGGGCAAAAUCUAGGGCUAUACACUUUACAGUAGUAGGCGAACACGAAAGCUUCAAAAAGAAUUUCUGAAACAUCUCACCAAGUUAUGUAGGGACUCGAGGAUCAAGGCGUUUGCGUAUAGCUUCGAGUCUCCAAAUGAGGCUUUGAAGUUCUUGAGUAGUUGGGUACGGUACUAAGGGGGAUGGAGGAGAGGACGUGGGCGGAGAAAUGGAUGUGAAAGAGGCUUUGAGCCCUGGAACCGGCACCGAGUGCUAUCGGGAUAGGAGAGUCUUGGAAACGUACUUGAGCCGAGCGUGAGUGAGAACGUUAUCUUCGCAUUAGCCUUGAACAUCC